AUGGGUAAGAGAAAGAAGUCGUCAAGAGGCCCCGCGAAAAGAGUGGUUCAAAAGCUCGAUGCCACGUUCAACUGUCUGUUUUGCAAUCACGAACGAUCAGUAACAUGUACGCUGGAUAAGAAGAAUAGCAUCGGGUCGUUGUCAUGCAAAGUGUGCGGACAAACGUUCCAAACACACGUCAACGCACUGUCACAGCCGGUGGAUGUAUAUAGCGACUGGUUCGACGCAGUGGAAGAGGUAAAUGCCGGGAAAGUCAGCGAUUCCGAGGGCGACAGCGAUAGUGCAAGCGACUACGAGAGCGAUUCCGACGCCGAACUGGCGAACAAGAGACGUGCACAGGCGGAUUCGGACGAAGAAGAGAUCUCCGACGAUGAAGAAGCCGUGGGCAGCUCGAAACGUGGUCGUGGCAAGAUCGUGGAUUCCGAAGAGGAGGACGACGACCAAGAGUGA